AUGGACGAAUACUCCAACUUGCCUCGCUCCCAAAGACAAGCCGUUACGAGUAGCAUCGUUUUGGCCGUUCGGACCUUGUCCCCUCCUGGCAGAUUUCUCAUGCUUGACUCCAAAACUCGCACCUACUAUGACAUCGGCGACAGCAAAGCCAACCUGAAGACAGCCCAGGCCAUGAGGGAUGUCAAGAAAAAGAUGAUUGCCGACGUGGACAACACCAGCAUCUUUGGUGCUUCUAGAAGCAGUGCCAGGAGAGUACCUUCAGAUUCCUCCACUACGGCUUCCCCUCGAAAAGCAGUCGCAAGUCUCGAUCAGGUGGGUAGAUUCCAAAACUCAGGUGAUGACCUGCCAUUUACUUUGCUUCCCAGUCGCCUGGAUGGUUCCAGAGGCAUAUCGUCCAAUUUGGUGGAAUUCAACUCUAGUCCACAAGAUCGUGCAAAAUCUCCCUCUCAAGAAUUGUUUUACAAUGACAUGACUCCUUCCUCUCCUCCUCUCGCACGCUUGUCUCCUCCCAUGACAAUCAACGAUAGCAUGUUUCCUUCCCCCCAACGUAACAACAAUGGAGCAGAUCCAUUUUCCAAUCAUCAGGAUCCACAAGACAGUCUUCACCACUUCCUGAAAAAGCCUACCAUGCUCAAGAGAGCCACCUCGUGGGAUGACAAAAGCCUCAGUUCCAUGGGACUCACCGAACAGGAAUGGACACAACUCUUGUCAGAAACAUCGGGCUUCCCCGAACUGGAAGAGGAAGACCCUCUGCUGAGCAACUUUGGCAAUGAGGUGGUGUGUUUGCAUGGAGGCGAUCUCCUCUUGCAAACAUUCGAGUGGUAG